AUGGCCAAGAAGCUCAAUCCCACUCAGUUCACCAAAGCGGUUGUGCGCUCAUUCAUGAAAGACUCCGGUCUUGAGCCAACACUUCUCGGAAAACAUGUAUGUUGUACACAAACCAACUUUCGUCAAAGACUAACAACAAGACAGUUCCGUAUCGUCAGUGCCACAGAAGGCAAAGUCGACUUCGAGCUUGACAUUCAACAACAGCAUACCAACCGUCUUCAAACUAUCCACGGCGGCACUCUUGCCAGUCUUGUUGACCUCGGUGGUUCACUUGCAGUCGCUUCAUCGGGUCGCUUUUCUACAGGCGUCUCAACUGAUUUGAAUGUGACCUAUCUGAGUCCCGGAGGCCGUCCUGGUGAUCUCCUCAAGGGAACUGCUAUUCUGGAAAAGAUUGGAAAGACACUUGCUUAUACGCAGGUCACUUUUACCAAUAGUAAGGGACAACUUGCUGCGCGGGGAAGUCAUACCAAAUAUGUCACUGGAACCAUGGGCGAGGCUGGACCUUUUGUCGCACCUGAAGAAUUCUCAGAUGUGGAUUAG